CUGUUGCUAGUAAUCAGGGAUUUUAUUGUGCUGAUUAAAAUGUGAACCUUUAUUUUCAGCGAAACGAAGAUUGAGUUGAGACGUUUUCAUGGCAUUCGCCAAUCGUUAGUCAACCAAUCAAGAAGAUGAACCUUAAAAUUGUUUCUGCGAUACUCCUAGCCUUAAUGGCUGUGGGUGUAAAUGAUGUCUCCGGUCAAGGAAUAAUCGUUGAUGCUGCUUUACGAAGAAUUUUGGAAAACAUUCGACAACUGAUGCGCACAGGAAAUCCUGAAACGGGCAUGCCCGUUCUGGCCCCAUAUUUCAAUGAGGAUCUGUUCAUCAAUGUGUCGUUUGGAGGGCUCUUUGAGUUCGAUACUAGAUUCACUCCUAUUCGCAUCGAGGGAUUAGAUGAGUUCCAAGGGCGCUUGCAGGUUGAUCUGUUAUCGUUGCGUUUUCCAUUUGAAUUCCGUUAUGACGACGAAAUAACAAUCAGUGGAUUCUACGAUAUGAAUGGCCGAAUGUAUGGCUUGAUUCCACUGUUCGGUAUCGGUAAUUUCUUCAUCAGACCUAAGGGUGUACAUUUGACUGGCGCGGCUACCAUUGGAGACAACGGCGAAGGAAUGUUAACUCUCACUGAUUUUACGAUUCAGCUUAUGAUCGACUCACUUGAGACAAAUAUUGAAGGCAUGCUUCUGGGUGGAGACUUAUCCGAUUUGCUGAACGAAGUUAUUCAGGACAUUGUUCCUUCAAUCUUUAGAAACUUCCCGGAAGGAAUGUCCAAUUUGCUUUCAGCAGCAAUUUUCCCCAUGGCCAACCGUUUCCUCGCUACAAGAACAAUGGAAGAUUUGUUGAAUCUCCUAUUCCCAAGAGCUGGUUAAAAUUUUCAAACAAUGUACAGUUGACCAUUAUGAUACAGGCACAAACGAACUGUUGAACGAUAAAUGAAUUUUCGCAAAACACAAA